AUGUUCGACAUCCUUCGUAACCGUCCUCGGCACGAGCGUCUAUUGCAGCGCGACUCGGAGAGCCACGAUGACGACACUCUUUUGCCCGGCUCAUCCUCGUCAACAUCAUUGACUCUCAAGUCCCAAGCAAACGAACGAUCGAGUCGCGAUGUACAAGUCGCAGUCAGAACUCUCAUAGCGUGUACCAUUGUGUAUGUUGGCGCAGCGAUGUGGAUAGCCUUCACAGUGAACGGAUCAAAUUUGAUAACCGACCCGGAUGACUUUUGCAUUCACCAUGUUUCGCGAUACUCUCCGGUUGUCAGAGAUGUGCAACCGAAUUGGCAUACGCAGUUGUUCAACGGGAGCUUCCUUCACCAGAACGCAUUUCGACAGCCGGCAGGCCCGGAGGUUGACGCUGCAUGGGACGCGUUGGGUGUGAAUUAUCGAAGCGUGGUGAUAGCCGAAGACGAAGCUAAACGGACGGGGCUGCGCCACGAUCAAGUCAAAGUCAGCCAAGAGUAUGGUGGUGGCUUCCCAGCUAACGUCGAAGGCCUUCAUCACCUACACUGUCUGAACCUCCUCCGCAAGACACUGCAUUGGAAUUUUGACUACUACAAGUCUCAAAAAAAGGGCCCUUUCAUCAACAGCGAGUACAUUGUGCGCUUACACACGACACACUGCCUGGAUAUCCUGAGGCAGGUUCUGCAGUGCAAUCCAGAUGUCGGGGUGCUUGGUCAAGUGUGGUGGCAGGCUGACACUGAGCCAAACCCAACGCCGUUUGUCGACUUCAACACGAAGCAUCGAUGCCGAGAUUUUGCGGCGGUUCGAGAGUGGGCGGAAGCGCACCAGCUUCCGCCAGAGACAGAGGUGAACAUGAGCCGGUUCUACGAGAUGCCGAAGCCGGGAGACUUCAUCUUUCCUGAGAUCCCAUGA